AUGGCGUCAAGAUCGACAGGCGUCGCUCGCCAGCUUUUGACCGCCGCUCCUGGGGCGUCUCGCACUUUGACACGGACCGCAGUACCUGUCGCCAGGUCGUUUGCUUCCUCCGCAAGCCACUCGAAUCAGUCUACCUCCUCCUCCGUGACGCUGGACCAGCUUCGCGACGCUUCGCGGACCCUUCCGCCAACUCGAAGCAGCUCAUCAUCUGGCUCGGCCAAUGUCGAGAGUAGCAAUGCUGCCGCCGCCAUAGAGGAAGAGCAAUUUGUCCUUCCCAACUGCCUUCUUCCCACCGAAUCACUCAAACCAACACACGGCAUCCACGUUGCAACAUUACACCUGCGCUCCUACGCUGACGGCUUGCCGAACCUCGACCUAUUUGCCGACUUUGCACGUCGGGCAGCAUUUGCGAUCGGCAUCCCCGCGAGUGGUGUGGCUCACCUUCCCACGCGCACCUCGCUCUGGACGGUGCCACGGUCGCCUUUCGUGCACAAGAAGUCGCAGGAAAACUUCUGGAGAAAGACGCAUUCGAGGGCGAUCAAGCUCUUCGACGCGAAUGACCAGGUGGUGGAUCGCUGGCUGCACUUUUUGCGUAUUCACGCGCUGCCCGGAGUGGGACAGAAGGCGGAGCUGUUUCGGUACCACGAGGUGGGUGUAGGCGACAAGCUGAUGGAGGAGGCCAAAGCUUUGCAACGUUCGAGCUCGACGCCGGUAUCGGAAGAUGCGGCAGAUAAGAAGGAGCAUGUAGCAGAGGCCUCAGCGCCGGAAGGAUCGAGCGCUGAGACUAUCAAGAAGCUCGCCGACGGCAUCGUUGAAAAGGAGAUGGCACAGGAGGGGUCCGCCGAGCAGAAGUAA